GUACAGGCGAUGCAAACAGGCGAGUGCAAUGUGAUGAAUAUCCUUUAGGGCUUCUUUUAAUAUUUUUCGUACAAGCUUCUAAAGCAAGAUGUCCAGGUCUGCAGCCAAGUCCCAUCUUGAGAAAACUGCUCGCAGAUCGUCUGCUCAAGCAACCACCCCUCGACUUCAGGAUGCUGAAGUGGAGGAGAUUAUCCCUGGUCGCCUCACUCAGGCUCAGUGGAUGGACAUGUUGAGGCAGGAGGAGGCAGAGGACAUAGUGGGAGAGAUCAUGGAGGAUCUGCUAAGCCGGGUCAUGGAGGGCUGUUUCCAAGCUUACAUUGAGAAUCAGCUGGCACCUUUCUCCAUAUCCUGGGCCAAGGCCUGUCUGGUUCAGGUUCUGGAGUGGCAAUUUCUGCAUCGAGAUGAAGGAGAGGGACCAAAGGAGGCCUCCCGAACAGAAGACUCAGAGCCUCUGCCAGCUAUCACAGACCCCUGGGCUGAAGGAUGUGUGCCUGUUAUAAACAUUACACCUCCAUCUCACCCCGCUCCUCAGCAGGUAGAUGUUGCGGUAAACCAGGUGGCUGGACAAACAGAACCUAGAGCCAACAAGCAAUGCCAGUUUAUUGCCCAAACACGCAUCUCCCCAAAUCAGUCUGUGGAGAAUAAAGGUCCCAACAAGCCUACAGAUCACCAGAGCAGAAGAGUACUGACCCCUCUCCCCCCGCUCAAAAGUAAUCACAAGAAAGGAAGGCAGAUUCACAAACCUAGCAGCAGUAGAACACAGAAACCACCGUGGUCCACCUCCAGUUCAGCAGAAAGAAAGGACACAGCGACAAAGAGUGAAAAUACAGAGCACUCUCCAGCUGUUUGUACUGACAGGCUGGAAUCAGUACCUCUGCGUAAGGAGCACAGACGUCUACCCAAGCUCAAUCAUGCCUGCCUGCCUCAGCACUGUGUCUCACCUCAGUAUGAAAUUGUGGAUACCAGGGACACUAAACCCCACUCCAAGAGAGUAAGUGCACUGUCCACAUCACAGCAGAGACUGAGCCAACAGCGAACUGAAUCAACGGUAAACUCACUGAAGCUAUCAUACAACUCCAUGGAUCAGCCAGCGAAGCUCCAGGGGACGAAUGUGGCUGAUGUCAGGCUGUCCCUGUGGAAGAAGUCUUCUCCCACUGGGCAGAAAAGGGACAGGAUUGUCCCCUUUUCUGGAAGUGUGAGACUAAACAAAAUGGAUUUGGCCCCAGGUGUAUCUCUUGUGGAUCCACAGGUUGUCCAAGUUAACCCAGUCAAACUGUGCCCUUCAACCCAGUCCGCCCAGCUGAGACCGAUGCCAAGCAGCGCGGCUGUGCCUCUGUUCUCUGUGGAGCAGCUGACCACAGGCCCACCACCUCAGGUCACCCCGCUGUUUCAGCCCUAGCGCUGUGACCACAAUGUACAACGUUUAAGUUAUAUGUCCAUCAUUUGUUGUUCACCUGUGCAAAUCAGCAUUCACAGUAGGAUUUUAAAUUUAAUUGCUCCACAGUCACCUCAGUAUCAACAUGAGGGUGUCUUCAUUACACCAGCAGACAAUAAUCUUAUCUAAGUGGAAUUUGGUCCUGCCAGGCUUUGCUGAACAACUGUCUUGCAUUUUCAGUUUCAGUUUCAGAGUGCUUUAUUGGCAUAAUAUGAUGUUUUACAUUACCAGAGCAUAUGGGAUCAUUAUAACCACAACAGUAAACAACAGCUUCAACAGGAAUUCUCUAUCAGUUUGUGUUCAAAGAGAAGAUAAGGGAAAAGAUGGAAAUAUUAUGACUGUAGAAUUAUAAGAGGAAUGAAUAACAAUAAACACCAUCACAAAUUAUC